CCCGCUUUCGCGUCGAUGUGGAGAGCCUGCGUUGCCCUGCCCGCUGCGUGUCAGAGCCCUCCAUUCCAGCACCGAUUUUCUCGCGACACUUUACCCACUACGUGGGGUGUCUUUGCCUUCCUGUAUUAGGCGCACCUCCCCCAAGAUGCCCGACGGCAACAGCUUUCGUCUGCGGCUGGUCGUGCGACGUCACGCGCUGCCCGAAGUGAGGGUCGUCUUCGCCGUCGCGCUCGACAACGAUCCAACCAUCGCCGCGCUGUUGGAGCAGGUCAACGACGUCAUUCCACUGGAGAGCAACAAUUGGGGUCUGGAGGACUACGCUGUUGAGCUCCGUGAUUCCCACGGCUGCGCCUUCGAGUGCCUGCACUUCCAGCAACUGUCCUCCGUCUUGAGAAAUGACGAGGAAGUGUUCAUCCGUCCCCUCGAUACCGCCGACCAGCGGAAGCGUCGAUUAAGUGGGCGCCUCCAAAUCUCGGCCAGCGGGAAGCAUCUCGUCGACGGUGUAGCUUUCGGUCGCCCGCGCCUCAGGACGCCGAGAGACCGGCCAGCCGUCGAGAUACCCCCUUUGAAGCGCCGAAGGCUCGAGUACGAUGCCGAGGAAAGCGAUGACCAACAACCCCAACUGCUCCUUACCGAACACGGGGAAAACUCCAGAGCUGGCCGUCGUUCCCGCCUGCGAACGCGGUUCGCUCUUGCUCAGGGCGAUGGCUCUGGACUCGAACGAGACGAAGAGGAAGUUGACGACGACGACUUCGAAGAGAGUACAGACCAGGAUAGCAGUGCGAGUGAAGUUGACUCAGACGCAAGUGACCCUGACGACGGCGACCUGGAAGAGGAGCUUCGGGGUCUGCAGGCGGAAAAUGAACAAUUUCAGAACGAAGUUCGUGCCGUUCAAGGUCGGGUACCUCGGACUUCGGCGUCAUCAAGGAGGAGAGGACCAGAGCGAAAACCUUCCACAGCCCUUCAAACGGUUUCUGGUGCAGCUUCGUUCGGUAGUCGCGGAACGGCCGUCUCUCCCAAUCAAGAGACUGCCAAAUCGGGAUCCUCCGGGUUGCAGAUGAAGCACCACUACCGACCAGUUGGCUCUCCCGACGCCGUCCUUGCCCAACCCAACCGCCCGCCAUCCCGAACCGAGGCAGCCUGGGAGGACGAGGCUGGCCAAAGCGAUGCGGAGUCUGUCGCUUCCAUCGUGAAACACUACGACGAGCACGGAUUUCCCAGCGGCUCCAUCCUCGCUGGGACGGCCGCUGCUCAGAUGGCCGAGGCCAUGCGCAAAGCCGGCCACCCGGUAAAGCCCCCGGUGCAUACCAGAUUCGAUGAGGAUUCCAUCGUCCCUCCUGAUCUUCCUCCAUCCUCGGCCGGUCCAGAUCAGAUUGACAAAGCCGAUGAGAUGGAGACUGGGGUCGAGGGCGAGAGCGACCAGGACAGUGGCCCCGAAGUCGCCCCUUCGAACGUGACGAAAUCACCAGGUGGUGUCAGGCCCUCUGCGACCAGUCCUUCAUCCGUGUCGCGAGAUAGCGAGAGUGACAGCGACAACGACAGCGCCAGCAGCAGCAGCAGCAGCGACAGUAGCAGUAGCAGCUACAGCGACAAUGACGCCGGCAGCGACAGUGGCAGCGACAGUGGCAGCGACAGUGACAGCGAUAACGACAGCGAUAGCGACAGCACUAGUGACAGCGGGGCCGAGACCAGCAGUGAUAGUGAUGACAGUGACGCCGCGCGGGGCACCGGCGAGAGCUCUGACCACGUGGGCGAUGUCCGCGGACCUCAAAUCGGCUCAUCCAGUGGAAGCGAGAGCGGCGAGUCUGAUUCGUCCUCUGAUGGAGACUCGUCUGACGGCGGUCCCGGCGACGCCUCCAAGCCGCCGUCGCCCCGAAGUACUGUCCCUGCAGUGCAAGUCCCGGUUACUCAAGGGAACGCCAUCCCUCGGGGUGCGGAGCCUGAGACGAUCGUUCCGACAGCCGACAGUAGCUCAGGGGAACGCCCGAGGCUGGUUCCACCAAGACAGGGGAAAACAGCUACGCAGAAGAGGAAUGCGAGGAGAAGAGCUGCUCUCAGGGCGCUCAAGGCUGCCGCUCAGAACGAAUCAUUGCCGGCCGUGACCGAGGCCGCCCAAGACUCACCAAUCGUCGUCCCUCCCGACUUUCGUGACUCAAUUGCGGCGAAAAAAGCAGCGUUAUUGCAGAGCCUCGGCAUGCUUCAAGAGAUGUCCCCUGAGACCGGGAGGGCUACUAGCGAGGGCGAAGGCCCCGAAGCCAAGCGGAAUCAAGACCAAGUUCGCAGUAUUCACGCUGACGGCGUUCAGCCAUCGCUGAAUCACGGUCUCGGUCCCUCCAUCGACAACCAACCUCGGGGGUCCAGAGAUGAACCACACUUGCAGGAAGGCCCGGAAUCAUGGCGGGACAGGAUUAAUUACCGCGCGGUGGAAUGUUGCCACGAAGGGGUCGAGCUCAGUGAACCACCUUUCCCUUUUGUCCAGCGCUGGGAUCCCCAGCAGCAAUGCCAAUACUUCAAGGGCAGCAAGAAUCUGCGUGGCGGCCGUUCCAAACGGAAACAGCGCAAUCAACCGGAGUAUUUGGAUGAAGGAAGCCGGUCAAGCGCCAAGAGGAGGAAACGCGCCCGCGAUUAUGAUGCCGACAACGACCAUGAGUGGUCUCAUGCCGGUCACGACGGUGAUACUGGUCUUGGGGACACAAUGCUCAACUACGACGACGAACCUGAGGAAACCGCGAAGCAACCGGAUCGGGCAUCAAACCCGGCCGUCGGCGAGGAUGAAGAGGAUGAAGACCUGCCAACCCCUCCUGCCGAUUUGUCCUCUCUGCCUGUCCUAGAACCGGGUGAGGCCGCGUCGGGCAUGGUUGUGACCUGGAAACAGUGGGUUCUGUCCAAAGCCACCAACUGGCAGCCCCAGGUAUUGGCGCUCACCGGGAUUGUGGUCGACGUCCUGGAAGACAAUGCCCUAAAGGUUCGUCUUGCCAAACGAGAUCGCAACCUGGACCGCAACGAAAAGGUUUACGACGAUGAGGGGAACCGCGUUUAUGACAAGUUUGAGUUGCCCGGCAUGGAAGACGAGGACGAAGAGGCCGCGGCGGAGGGAUACCGGGUCCUGGGUCCUGCAGAUAUGAUCGAGCCGCGCAUCUUGCGACCUGCUCCCCAGGAUGUUGGGGCCUCAUCAUGUGGACAGCCACCAGCUGACGCCGAGAGGAGGGAGAGGCCUCAAAAUGCGGAUUCAAAGGAAACGCUAGAAACGCCGUCUUGCGAGGCAGUACCAUCUGCUACGCUGGAUCAAGCAGAAGGCGAAGUCGAAACUUCUGGACCCGGGAGAUGCCCUGGGGAGGUGGACGUCGACAGCCCGGCCGCUAAUGGUGGACGCCAGAGCUCUGAGCCUCCUGCCGGACAAAAGCCCGUCGACAUUCCCAUCUCAGAAAAGCGGCGGCAUGAGAUCAGUCUCCUCAUUCAUGAAGCCGGCUUCAGGAAGGAGAUCGACCCCUCGGUUUCCAACCAUGCUGGCUUAGACCUCAGCAGCCCGACGCGGCAAUUAGAGGAAAUGGCAGAGGAAGGUGCCACCUUGCCGUCAGAAGCUUCGCAGGCUCGGAGUCAAAGCAGCCCGGGGUCACACGCUCAGGCGACAUCAAACAAUCUUGACUCCCAGCCGAUCUACCUGGAGCCUUUCCACGGUUUCUCGGAUCCAGUUUCGGAGCCGUCUGAGAGAGCACCGGUCGUCUCUCCCCACCUGGGUCUCCCGCCCUCUGAAGCAGAUAGCCUCCACAGCGGGCGGCAGGUCGAUCCCGACUUCUCCAUUGAAUUGGGCGAUGACUCUUUCCACGGCCCUGACGGUUCUGUCUCUGUCUCUCGCUCUACGCUGCGUAACGACAGUGAAAACGAGCACGGCAGGGCAAGCAAGCAGCCCAAGCAUGACAGGGAGGAGGAGUCAGAGUCGGAGUCGUCCGACGGCUCCGGACUCUCUCUGAGCGAUUUGUGGGCAUCAGGCUCAACUCAGGGGCCUCGAUCCCCAAGCAACCGUGCUGUCGUGGCGGCUAUCAAGGCCCGGAAGCCGGCUGCUGCGUCCAAUCCGGAGUACGAGGAAGCCAUGCGGCGUCUUGAAGACUCUGACGUCUCCGACCAGGAUGAGAACCAGCGGGUGCAGCCACGAGAUUCCAGACUGGCCCGGGAAUUGGUGGUCAAGCCCGUCGAGAGGCCGUCGCCGAAGCGGCCGACCCAGCGGACUGGGGCCUCGGACUUGGUCAGUAUUGGGCCACGCAUCAAGGCCGAGCGUGCCUCCCCAGGUCACAGUUCGGCUCGUCCUGCUCGUACCAACGCGGGCAGAUUGGCACGGCACGCCAGCUCGCCGUUCGUCAUCCCCGAGGGUUCCCAAGUCGUGUCGCUCCUGUCCAGCAGCCCGGAGCCUGAGGUGGAAGAAUACUACGCGGAAGACAGCCUCGACGAGACGUACGAAGACCCGGACCUGCCGAGCGGUCCGGGCUGGGUCAAGAAGGCGCGCCCUCGCCGCGGAGAAGGUAAAAAGCCGCCGCCGCCCCCGGAGGUGCCGGAUGCCCAGCCCUUGAAGGCGGGCACUGCCUCGCAGGCAAAGCAGAAUGGUGCGCUGAACUCGUUGCUGCGGGCAAAGAGCAAGGUGAUGUCGAAAAUCUUUUAGCGGGGCUUGGGGUUAGUCGUUGCAUUCGUCGGCUUAGAAAUUCGCUUGUGAGAAGCUGGUCAUUGUAUUAUAGCUCCGUGAAUCCGGGUCUGGUGUGCCUUGCUCGGCCCUUCGCAGACCGGAUGCCUGACUUGAAGUGUAUGUUGCUGCAACGAUGGAAGUCUAAAUCAUUCGUAAUUCAAUCAGUGUUAUGCCUCUUGUGAGAUCCCUUCCUCGUAUGUCAGGAAAUGGAUUUGAGUAGUGCAGGUAAUCUCGUUGGCAGCCCGCCAUGCCCCUUUGAUACCAGCGCGUGGCUUU